AUGGCCGACUGGCCUCUCCCGUUCAACGGGGUGCGGCCAGACGCUGCGGAAGAAGGUCGCCUAGGGCCUCGCCGCCCAAUGGAUCCCGCCGCAAAGCAGGUCGCCCGAGGCAACAAAUGGACCAGACAUCCACAGCUCGGGGACCUCGUCCUCGCCAAGGUCAAGGGUUACCCUUUCUGGCCAGCCAAGGUGAGCAGGCCGGAGGAUUGGAAUCAGGAGCCUGCUCCACGCAAGUUCUUUGUUCUCUUCUUCGGCACCAAAGUGAUUGCUUUUGUAGCUUUGCAUGAUCUCUUGCCAUUUACGGAAGAGGUGAUGAGUGACCUGGUAAAUAAAGCUCGAGAGAAACAAUUCCCGACAAGACAUGCGAAAGGUCUUGAAGAAGCCUUGGUGGAGGUACAGAUGGCCUACGAUGAACUCCCAAAAUCAUCUGAAACUUCCAAUGGUUUGUUUCCUAAUCGAACUCCUGAUCCGAUUGAAAAACCUACAAAGCCCCUUGUAAAGCCACCUGCUGAUGGCGGGACUCAAAAACUGGAACAGAUUGAUGAUUUCCAUGGGAGGUACCUGAGCCUCAAAAGAAAAGAGAGAGAUGUCCCAAAAUCAUCUGAAACUGCGAAUGGUUUGUUGCAUGAUCGAACUCCUGAUCCGACUGAAAAACCUACGGAGCCCCUUGUAAAGCAACCUGCUGAUGGUGGUACUCCAAAACUGGAACAAGCUGAUGAUUCCCAUGGGAGGUACCCGAGCCUCAAAAGAGAAAAGAGAGUUCGGUUUGCUGGCAUUGAGGAGAGGAACUUGGAGGAUCCCUAUGGCAUACCAAAAUGCAUUGCUGCGCUUGAAGGAUUGCCGGAUUUACAAAUGGAAGAUGUGCUAAAAGCAGCUGACCUCUUCACCGACAACAAGGGUAAUCGCGAAGUCUUCCUCUCUUUUUCAAGUAAUGCAUUACGGCUUGGCUGGGUAAGAAGGAAAAUUCAGAACGCCUCAUGA